AUAUCAAGCUUCAAUCAUUAUCAAACUCAUCCAAGAUGAAGGUUUCUAUUCUCCUCUCGGCCUUGAUGGUCACCGGCUUCGUCGGCGCUGCUCCUAUUGCGCCUGAGUCCAACGGCAUUGAGAAGCCUGGCCCACCCCAGCCUCACCACCAGGGACAUCCUCAGGGAGAUCACCCCAAGCGUGAGGUCGCUGCUGCGGAUGAUUCCGAGCACAAGAAGCAUGACGAUCACCCUCACCAGGGCCAUGGCGAUCAUCCCAAGCGCGAGGAGUCCACCAUGUCCGAGCAUGGCAAGCCUCAUCACGGCGACAAGCCCCACGAUGGAAAGCCGCAUGGCGAUCAUCCCAAGCGCGAAGAAUCCACCAUGUCCGAGCAUGGCAAGCCUCCUCACGGCGACAAGCCCCAUGAAGGAAAGCCCCAUGGCGAUCAUCCCAAGCGCGAGGAAUCUACUACUGAGCACGGCAAGCCUCCCCACGACGGAAAGCCGCACGGCGAGAAGCCCAAGGGCGACCACCCCAAGCGUGAGGAAGACUCGGCUUCGGCCCCUCCUCCUCACAAGGAGCAGCCUCACCCGGAGCCAAAGGGAAAGGGACACCCCAAGCGCGAGGAAUCUACCACUGAGCACGGCAAGCCUUCUCACGAUGAUAAGCCCCACGGUGACAAGCCUCACGGUGAUAAGCCCAAGGGCGACCACCCCAAGCGCGAGGAAGACUCGGCUUCGGCCCCUCCUCCCCCUCCUCACAAGGAGCAGCCACACCCGGAGCCAAAGGGAAAGGGACACCCUAAGCGCGAGGAAUCUACUACCGAGCACGGCAAGCCUGCUCACGAUGAUAAGCCGCACGGUGACAAGCCCCACGGCGAUAAGCCCAAGGGCGACCACCCCAAGCGUGAGGAGUCCACUGAGACGGAGGCUUCGCGCCCUCCUCACCACGGAGAGAAGCCCCAGAAGGGUCACGAUGGUCACCCCAAGGUUUAA